CCGCUCUCUCUCUCUCUCUCUCUCUCUCUCACUCACUCUUCCGCUCUCUGCUUCUCUUCUCUUCCCUGCUUGUUUGCCUUAUUUCCCCCUGCGGUUCCAGGCGUUGGGUCCGUUGUUAGUGGUAGUGGUAGUGGUGUUGGAAAAGGGGGGGUUGGGAUCAGGAUCAUGCAUCCUCUUGUCCUGCUCUCCUCUCUGCCUGUCUCUUCUCAUUUGGAACUAGCAACAUCAAAAGCAGAGCCCUGCAUGGGUAGCCACAUCAGUCGGGCAACCACGGCCACAACACAAGCUGUUCCUUCUGUUCUCCGCUGCCCUGGACUGAGCGCUGAAGACUCCCCGGCACAGGAAUAGCUUUGGUGAGGACGCUCUCUCCAACGGCAGCAAUCCCCACAGAGGACAACGCGCACUUUGCUCUGUCCUUUCUGGGGGACACGUCUGGGUGGCGGGACACCUGCUCGUGGCUUUUGCCUCUGUCCGUGCCUGAAGUUUCGGGAUUAAGAGUCACCCUGAGAGAGUGGAAGAGAGUCACCUUUUGCUCUCCCAGAGCCGAGUGAGUUUGGGUUUUAUUUUGUUACGCUGCCUGUCUCACAACACAAGUGUGGCAUUUGGGCUUGCGGUGCAGUGCGUGGGCUCCCGCAUCACCCUUUUGACGAGAGAUCUCUGCCGCAGCUGCGCACCGGCGGAACGAGGAAAGACCCCCACCACCGCCGUCACCCUUGCUCCUAGAGCCACAGCAGGGCUACCCUGCAGGGGUAAGAGAGCGGAGGGGUAGAGAGCGGGAAAGGAGGAAGAGGAGGAGGAGGAAAACGAGUGCAGAGACACAGGGAGAGGAAGAGAGAGGAACACGUGAAGAAUUGGGGCAGAAUAACAGAGAGAAAAAAGCCCACAUCAGCAUCCUGCUGCAGAGAUCAGAGGCACAGAACAGGAGGCUGUGCCAGCGCUAGAGACCGGAGAGAGAACGAGAACGACACACUCCAAAAAAAGACUAAGUGAGAGACAGAGAAAGACUCAAAUUCAGGAAGAGAGAGCCAUUGAGAGAGGAGGAUAGAGAAACACUGAGGAAGAGAAAGCGAACAGGAGACUCCCACUCUCCUCACUCCCUUUUCCUGCUCAGAGCCAGACACCAAGUGCCCAAGAAUAAGGAGGAGGAGAAAAAAAAGACGAAGAGUCACCUUCAACCUGCACUCCUUUCUUUCUCUCUCUCUCUCUCUCUCCCUCCACUCACACAGGUCUUUCCCCUCUGCGCGUCACCCUCUAACUCCAGUCACUGCAGAACAGCAGCAACAGCGGUAGCAGCAGCAACCCUGCAGUGAGGAGUCUCUCCUCACUCUCCACCUCUCUCUCUAUCCUCACAGAAGCUAACCGUGGCGGGCAUGCAGGUGUCCUUUGCCUGCACCGACCAUGGCCUCAAAGCGCCCCGCAAUGGGGAUGGCCACAGCAAGCAGAACGCCACCAGCCCCAACACCGGCACCAGCAAGGCCCGUGCACGCUUCCGCACCGUGGCACUCAUCGCCCGCAGCUUCGGCUCCUUCUCCCACCGCCACCCCAUCUCGCUCAAGGAGUCCACGGGCAAGCUGACAGGCAUGAAAUACCGGAAUCUGGGGAAGUCAGGCCUGCGUGUAUCCUGUUUGGGACUCGGCACGUGGGUCACCUUCGGUGGACAGAUCUCUGACGAGGUGGCGGAGCACCUAAUGACCAUAGCGUAUGAGAAUGGGGUCAAUCUGUUUGACACGGCCGAGGUCUACUCUGGAGGAAAAGCUGAAAUAAUCCUCGGAAACAUCAUCAAGAAAAAGUGCUGGAGGAGAUCAAGUCUGGUCAUCACCACCAAGCUCUACUGGGGAGGAAAAGCCGAGACAGAGAGAGGCCUCUCCAGAAAGCACAUUGUGGAGGGUCUAAAGGGAUCCCUGCAGCGGUUGCAGCUGGAGUAUGUGGAUGUUGUCUUUGCCAACCGCCCUGAUGGCAACACACCCAUGGAGGAGAUUGUGAGAGCCAUGACCCAUGUGAUAAACCAGGGGAUGUCCAUGUACUGGGGCACCUCAAGGUGGAGUGCCAUGGAAAUUAUGGAGGCGUACUCAGUAGCAAGGCAGUUCAACCUCAUCCCCCCGGUGUGUGAGCAGGCCGAGUAUCACUUCUUCCAGAGGGACAAGGUGGAGACGCAGUUACCUGAACUCUACCACAAGAUCGGUGUGGGUGUGGUUUCCUGGUCUCCUCUGGCCUGUGGAAUCAUCACAGGGAAGUAUGAGAAUGGGGUUCCCGAAUCCUCCCGAGCAUCCAUGAAAUCAUACCAGUGGCUGAAGGAAAAGAUCCUGAGUGAGGAUGGGAGGAAGCAGCAGGCCAAACUGAAGGAGCUGGGUCACAUUGCUGAGAAGCUGAGCUGCACCCUGCCCCAGCUAGCCAUCGCCUGGUGCCUACGCAAUGAAGGAGUGAGCUCAGUUCUUCUGGGAACAUCCAACCCUGCACAGCUAACAGAAAACCUGGGGGCAAUACAGGUCUUGCCAAAGAUGACUUCUCAACUAGCCUCUGAUAUCGACCAUAUUCUGGGAAACAAACCACACAGCAAGAAGGACUACCACCACCACUCGUAGACACCUCACAGGGUGGCUGAGCAAGCUGUCCUCUGUCUAGAUUGUGACUCUUUUCCUCUAUGUGUGUGUGUGUGUGUGUGUGUAUGUGUAUGUGUGUAGGUGCGCUUAAGUGUAUAUAUGUGUGUGUGUGUGUGUGUGUGUGUGUGUAUGUGUAUGUGUGUGCUUAAGUGUAUAUAUAUAUGUGUGUGUGUGUGUGUGUCUGUCCUGCUGCACUCCGCGUCCAGAACCUCCCCCAGACUGCAGCUGUCUCCAGGAGCAGAUCCGGCCGGUCAGGUCAGGGCCGGCACCAGGCGGACUUGGGGCCAGGUCAAGGCCAGAUCUGGGCCAGGUCCGGUCCAGACUCAGCUGCUGUCAGUUCUGGUGCUCAGCCGUGAUAACCGAGCUCCUCUACAACGCUAUGCAUGCUUCUGGUAGACCAAACACCCUAUCCUCUGAGAACUCAGAACAUCCUGUUAUUGAUAAGUGAACAUGUUGCAACAUCAUAGUCAGGCUUGCCAACUUUCAGGGCUGUUUGGCGUUGGUGUUCAGACAGAGAGGGCCGUCUGAAAUCCUAAGCAUGAGAUUACCAACAGUGGAAAACACUGAGGCAUGACAAGGUGUGGCAGCUUUUAAGUAUAAGUAUAUAAGUAUAUAUACUCUUUUGAU